GGACUCUUUCUGGACAUUGGUGUACAUUAUUGGUACCUUACUCGUGGAUUCCUACUAAAAUUCCUGCGAGGAAAUUACUUGGCUUAGGUGUGCCACCUUAAUGUUAAAAUCGGACGCAUUUCAAAAGUCACCCUUGUGAUCACUCUGGUACAGGCUGUAUAUCUCUAGAGGCAACAACCGUGAUGGAUACUCGGUAAUUAUGUUUCAUGAGCGGCGCGAGUGGUGUCGCGAAUAGCAUCCGUGCCACACUUGAGCCUCCGCCACCAACAGUUGUCUCUAGGCAUACUCUCUGACGCUGACAGAGACACCCUGCAUUGAAAGUGCCAGCGCCCUCCUCUGAACUGCUACCCCUUUCCCUCACAUUUACUUCAAACCACUGAGUUCAACACACGCAUAAUGGACUUGCCAGAUGUCUCUAACCUCAAACUCGAUGAUCCUGGGCCUGCCAAUGGCAUAUCCGUUGCCGGUCAUUGUCCGAUUAUCCCGGAUGACAUCGCACGACCAACAAACGACCGGUAUAUGUUGAAACUGAAGCACUAUGCAAAGUCCCUACCCUAUUCGAUAGAACCGAAUUCAAAGAUGCAGCAUAUGCUUGAGUUCAUCCUCCUCCGCAUUGCUCAGUGUGUGGAGGCGAAGGAUUAUGAUCCCGGGUUGCAGCAAUGGGACAGUAUGCUCACUUAUUGGGCCAUGCUGAAGUAUCCCAUUUCGAAAGAGAAACGAAUGAGAUUGGCAACACUGUACUUUCACGUAUGCACCACUCCCGGGAUGCCCAACCAUAUUGUGGCGAACUGCUCGGACAACUUCCAAGCUCUCGUUAGGUCCAAAAAGAAGCUCAGGAUUGAGGAUAUGAGAUUGCCAUGGAAGCCGGUCUACAAGAUACUCAGCAAGGACCUGUUCCUAACGAGGCGUCAGUUCGAAAUAAGUCAGACGUCAUGGUAUAUGGGCUAUGUCUCCGAGAAUGCGAGACGUUUCUUCCAUCCCGCAGCUAUCGAUGAAAUGCUUUCAACCUUCGUGCCACUCAUAAACGGAAACAACUUGAGCAGCAUACUCGCCGCAGAAUACUACUUAUUAACCUUCUUACCUCUCUCGCAUCCUCAAUCCUAUCUACCCAUGCUCUUCCGACUCUGGGAGUCUGUGAAUUCGUACAUGUAUGAUGAGCGCAUGUUGCAGUUCCUCUCGCGCAUUGCGGAGAUGCACGUAGACCCUACCAUCAGUGAUCCACGCAGAAUCGACGAAAUUCCUGAUGACGCAAGGUCUGAAGACGAAGGAAGGCCUAAUUGGCCGAAAGAGGACCUCGAGCCAAAGUGGCGUUGGUCGGGUUUAUAUCAGGAUGUCGGCAUAUUCACUGAACGUGAAUGGAAUUAUAUCAUGUGCAAGUGUUUGGCUUCGAUGGAAAUACCCCUUGCGGAUGCGGGAUCAUUGACGACAGGCCCGAAUGCCGACAGCCAGGCAACCUUUGAGCUAAAUCGGUUACCCAAACCCUCCUGGAGGAUAUCAUCUCUGGCGCGUAUCAUAGUCUAUUCAAUGGCACCUGAUGGGUUGCCCAAUCCUGGGUCGGAACUGUCGACUCCGUUCUACACCCCUACACCAUCAGGUACUAGCACACCUCUACCCCACACUCGCCACAGCGGCCAGUUAAAUGGGCAUGCCUUGGGCGAUUACCUUUCUUCGCCUUUGGGCAAGCAUGGAAGCACAAAGGCCAAGACAUAUCUUGCCGGCUCGAAAGCUCUGGACUCGCUUGCGAAACUCAUUGCGUCUUGCGAAGGUUUCUUCCAUCCUACCAACUCUGGUAGUUGGACGAAUGACCUGAGCGCAUUCAUCAAGUACAUAGUAUACGACUUCAACAAGCGUUGGCACGAGGAGCAAAAGCCUGAUUGUAAGACUCCUACGCAUCGUCGCUUAACUCGAGAUAUGAAACGAGAGCUCGUCAAAAGUCUCAGGACAGUAGCAUUGCUAGCAAUGUUCUCUCAAGACAGCACGACAGUCACCAAUAUCCAGAGUUGCUUGAAGUCCAUGAGCGUUAUGGAACCAGACCUCAUCUUGCAUCCGGUGCUUGAACGAGCUGUACCGGCACUCGAGGCCUUAGUCGAGACCCAUCGUACGACGGCUGUCAUCAAGGCUCUCGGUGCGGUUGCUCCUGCCAUUGUUUCUAGAAAUGUUUACUAUCCGGGGGCGAAACAUCUUUUGCCUAUCCUUGAAUUGCUUCUUCCUGGUAUCGAUCUGAAUGAUCCCUUUAAGACCUUCUGCACCACCGCAUUCCUGAUAGAGGUAGCCCAGUACAUCAAGUUUGGAGACCUCGCAAGCAUGAACCAACCAAAGCUUGUUGUUGACAUUGGCCUAGAAUCGACCAGUCCACCGAGUCUUCAGAUUGAUAAUAUGCCAGCUGGGAUUGAUGAAGGAGACGAAGAGCAGUUAUCAGAACAGGAUGAAGACGCACUCUUGAGGAACACCUGCGGAGACUUCGCGGAUUGGGUGGCAGCCUUUCUACGUAGGGUCAUUGUACUCUUUGAAAACUUACCUGAAGAAGGAGCAACUGGCACUGCCGGUGGUCAGACCGAAGUCCAACUUGUGGAUGCAGUCUCUGGAGCAUUCAGUCAAAUAUGCAUCCAUCUUUCGGAAUCGCUCUACGACAUGGUACUCAACAUGGUAUUUGACUAUGCGAGCGAAAAUGUUCGAUCGAAUGCUGUUCGCGCUAUUCAUCAGUUGGUCGAGUGUGUUGCCAAUGUGGACCCUGCCAAGACCUUGGCUAAGUUUUUACCAUUCUGUGCGGCGAAUAUUCAUUCGGAGUUGGAGCAUGGUGCGAGUUCUGUGAGAACGACGUCUCUGAACUCUACGGCUCUACCGUCCGAUGCCACCCUUCACUGGAAUCUGGCGAUUUUGCGAGGUGCAAUGUACAACGAUGGCCGCGCGACACUCAAGUACAGCCAAGUGCUACUGUCAUUAUUCAGAACUCUCCUGAAGAAGACCUUUGCCAAACGAGGAUACUCUUCGAGCGGAAAAUUGCUGUCGAGCACUUUGCUGACUCUCACUCACACGUAUCCGCUAGAAAACAAGUUCGUGAAUCCGGAUGAAUGGAACAGCGAAGAGUUCCAAUGCAACCAUCAUCGCUAUUGGGGUCGACUGUAUAAAGCCGAAGAUGUUCAAAUCUCUUGGCAUGUACCCAACGAUGCAGAGAUUGAUUUUGCAUUGCAAAUAUUCCGUGAAGUUGCAGAGCCUGCGCUGGACUCCCUUGAAGAAUUGCUUCAACCUGGACAUACGCGUGACUCCAUUUGGCGCAACGAUUUCUGCAGGAAAUUGAGCUUUGUUCGUAAUGCCUUUGCAGGGAUCCCGACAUUAGUUAAGGAAACGAUCACUCCAGAAGAACUACAGGAGGCCAAUUUGACCUCCGAUAUCCUUGAUGAGGCCAUGGAAAUGAUCGCUACUAUCGAACCGGUUAACGCGGCAUUCGCCCUGAGUGACCCAGCAGAUCCUCGACAUCAGUACAUUACUGCCUUGAGGCGUCGCUUUGGAACCUUCCUACACGCAGCUUCUAUCUCACUCCGUCAACAGGGCGAAGAGAAUACAGUUGACGCAGUACAUAUGCUGAUACGUUCAAUCCGGACAUACAUGCUGGAGUACGGCGACAGCAGAGACAGUUUCUACCUGCAACUGGACAGGUACAACAGUGAAUUGAACAUUACACGGCAAUACGCUGGACAGAAGGAGUGGCCGCGAGCUGUAUGGGUACGACGAGCUCGACUUUAUCAUGCUGCAAGGCUUCAUUGGAACUCAGUUGAGAGAAGACGGGGCCCUCUCGAGGAUCAGCUGAUCGACGAUGUCACGGAGUGGUCCCUUUGGCAUUAUUCAACGAUCAGGGAAACAAGCCAAAGUCUUCUGCAGAGCUUAUGCGGGAACUACGAUGGCUUGCGCCGUCGUAGCUUGCCCAUCCUCUACAAAGCUUUGGAGCCCGGUGUUGACGACGAUCGCAUGAAAGGCGCUCUCUGGACCCUCAAUGCCAGUGUCUUCGUCAAGUAUGCCGUGGGAGAUCCUACACUGGCAACUGAUUUCUUCAGCAAGCUCUUUGCAUGCCAACACAAUGAGAAGCCCUCAAUACAGGACUGUGUUGCCUCGUUGGUUGAUACCAGCCUGGGUGGUUUUGUGGAGCCAUGUUAUGUCGUUUAUGACGUGUCCAAUCAAGCCUUGGAUCGAGCGUUAGAUAACCUCAAGAAAUGUUUGUCCGACGUGGUGGAGGAGCCGUCCGUAGUCGUCAAGGCCAGGGCCCAGCGAGUUCGUCGCCUCAAGCUUUGGAACGAUGGUGUACAACGGACGACAGAUGUUAUCCUAAAAGUUGCACAGUCCCCUAAUACGCAUUGGAAGUAUUCUAUAGUCGCUGUGCGGUGUUUGCGAACAUUGAUCCGUCGAGAUGUCCCCCUAUCACGAUCGCACGUGCAAUGUCUUCUUGAGAAGACGUACGAUUCCAAUGGGAGUAUUCGCUAUUAUGCCCAGCGCGCUAUCAUGAAGAUUUCUCGAUUCAUCAAGUUACGAAGCCUUAACUGGAGUGCUAUGGAUCUUGCAAUGGAACAAAAUCAUAAUCCCCUUAGAAAAAAAGUGCCCGUGCUAGAUCCAUCCCAUGAAUUUACUCGAAAAUUCCUACUGGAGUAUAGAAAACCACUUGACCUGGAAAAGGCACGGAAGGAACCGUUACUUCGUGACAAGAUAACUAGCGGCUGGCUGGCGUGGCAAGAUACCUAUGACGCCUUCUUAGCACCAGAGCCCGAUUCUCACCCGCUCCUUCCGUGGAGUUCGGAUUGCAAGGAAGUCGUGGAUCUAAUCCGUGAAGUUACCACCAAGUCCAAAUUUUGGAAGAAACUAUGUGUACAUUAUUCGUCAGAAAAUCAUUCGGAAGCAGUCGUUCAGGAUAAUGUUUCCUGCGUCAAGUCAAUCUUCCAGAUUCUGGGUGAUGAACCGUUCGAGGCCCUGCGACCGAUCAUAACAGAUCUGCUUAAGAAGAACGAUAAGAACAAGCAGCGAGGAGCUGCAGAAUUUCUUGCGGGUGUUUUGGGAUCAAAACAUUGGCCUACUAACAGUCAGUUGAAGCUAUGGGCGUGGCUGCGCCCAUACUUGAAGAAUAUCCUAGACCAGAAGAAUAAUGAUACAGUGCCAAUUUGGGGUUCGUUUCUGGAGUACAUAUUCUGUAAUCGUGAUCCUAGACGAGUGCAACCAUUGUUGGACCAACUCCUAGUGGAACUUCACGCAGUUGAUUUCAACGGCGAAUCGACCUUCGAUAUCGUCAAGAUCCUCUCGUUCUUCAGAUCUUUCUAUGAACAGAUCGACUGGAAGUUCUUCGCAUGGGCUGACGAAGCAUUGAGCAUAUACUGGUCCCAGAUCGGUAGCGAGCAUGAUGAUGUACUUGCAUACAUCAGCGAGCUGCUCACAUUCUCAGGCAAAGUCAUGUGGUUCCCGAACCCCUCAUCAUGUACUGCCGAAGUCGUUACUCGGGAAUGCAGGACAGAACCUCUGGAAAGUGACAUCAUGGGCAUCCGUGGACUCUUCCAUGAAGGCAGAGUCAUGGAAUUGGUCAAAAAAUUCAAAGUAUGGCGUGGUGAGCGUUUGCCAGGAGCUCGAGCAUUCCAGUCCACCUACGAUAGAAUUGGAGUCCUCGUUUGCCGAUGGUUAUUCCAAAGCAUCCACGACACAAAUGCGGUCUCUACCUUUGAUUACCUCCUUCCGUUAAUGCCUGAAUUGUUCCGCUUCACCGAGAUCAACGAUAAUGACGAUCUUGCAAACCGAGCAAAUCUCCUGCUAACGCAAAUGUGUGGUGUGAUGCCUCCUAAACCUCUCAUUAACCCAAUACUUGAUGCCAUGUUUGAAGCAAUCCAGACUUCUCCAUCGUGGCGUGUUCGGCUGAAGAUCCUCCCACUUGUUCAAGUGUUCUACUUCAGACAAGGUCCCGUAAUCAGUGAUAUCAAAGUGGUCGAGAUGAUGGAGGUCAUCUGCCGUUGUCUGGACGACGAAGUGGUCGAGGUUCGCGAGAUGGCAGCAACUACUCUCUCCGGAAUCCUUCGAGUCUCACCACGCCGUAGCGUUCUUGCACUUAAGGAUAGGUUCGUGCGACUCGCGAAGAGUAGCAAACUUCCGCCCAAGGGCUCCGAAGAAUAUAACACUGCGCUGCGUCAGCGUCAUGCUGCCGUUCUUGGAAUAUGCGCUUUGAUUGACAGUUAUCCAUAUACAAUCGAGAAAUGGAUGCCUGACUUGAUUACAAGUGUCUUGGUCGAGCAUACAUAUGACCCUAUACCUAUUUCCUCCACAGUCCGGAAGUGUGCGAGUAACUUCCGUAAGACACACCAAGAUACCUGGCAUGAAGAUUCGAAAAAGUUCACAGAAGACCAACUUGUCGCUCUUUCCACCCUUCUGACAGGCUCUUCUUACUAUGCCUGAUCCGCAUUCAUCAAGGACUGUUGAUUCCGCUUGAAUGUCAUGGACUCAAGUUGAUUGCAACUUGUUGUGUGCUUUGCUUGUGCUUGACUUGAAUUAUCUCUACUUGUUUAUAGCUUUCGGAUGUUUGAAUUAUUAGAGGUUAUUGUCUGAAGGAUUCCUCAGCAGAGUUCGCCAAUACAGUGCUAGUGAAAGACGGUCUGGCUCUAUCGCCAGGCCCAGCACAC